AUGAGCGUGAUCGCGGUAAGGGACUAUAUUGGCUCAACCGCAACCUUCUAUGCAGUCGAGAAAGGAAUGAUCAUCAAGUCAAUACAUCCAGCCUUAGCCGAAACAGACGGAUAUAAGCUGCUCGUUGAGAGUAAGAUUCUCAAGAGAUUAGGAGAGCAUCCGAGGGUUGUCAAGUACAGAGGCUAUGAAGAUAAUUCGGACCUCAAAGGAUUACUGCUUCUCGAAGCAAGCCACGGUGAUUUACAACACUACAUCGACCAAAACAACGCCAAGAUAGAUGUUCCAACGCGCAGAAAGUGGUGUCAGCAAGCGACAGAGGCCGUUCAGUAUAUUCAUAGCAAAGGUAUCAUACAUUCAGACCUCCGACCACAGAACUAUCUUGUUCACGAAACGUCAAAUGUUCUCGAUCUCCAACUGUGCGAUUUUGGCGGUUCAAUGUGUCGAGACUUGGAUGUAGAUGGGAGAGGUCUACCAGAUCCUCCCUUUUGGGAUCUAUGUUGGGAGUCAACCAUUGGCACAGAUAUCUUCAGUUUAGGAUCUAUCUUUUACACCAUCACGACUGGUCUGUGGCCUUACAAAACGAGUCAAGAACACGAAGAAGACAAGUGGCAAUUUGAAGACCGAGUUAUUGCGCUGCAAGAAAAGGGUAUAUAUCCUGAUGUGGAAGGGAUAGUGGGCGGUACAAUCAUGAUGCAAUGCUGGAAGAAACAGUAUCAGAAGGCAGAGGAUGUUCUAGAGGCACAAGUGAUGCUUUCUCAAGGGCUCACAGAAUGA